AACAAAAUAGGGAUACUAUCAAGGCGCAAUUUUUCUUCGAAAUACCACUCUACAAGUGCCUAGGAGGAGGGGGAACAAAAGCAAAGAGUGAUGCUUGGGAUUUCUUAUGGGGAGCUGUUUCUCAUAAUUGGAGCUACUGCUACUCUAAUUGGCCCAAAGGAUCUGCCAAUAAUUGCAAGAACCGCGGGGAGGUUGGCUGGAAGGGCAAUUGGAUAUGUCCAAGUGGCCCGUGGCCAAUUCGAUAGUGUUAUGCAGCAAUCUAAGGCUCAUCGGGUGCAUAAAGAACUACAAGACACUAUUUCCCAACUUGAAGCUAUUCGUCAUGAGAUUCGAACUAUAUCUUUUGUGAAUCCUGGUCCAUUAGCUCGGAGCCUUGUGGACAAUGCUGUGAAUACAUCUCCUACAAGUGAUGAAACUGGGCUGGGAAAACCAGGUAAAGAGAGCAUUUCAGCAAUCCCCACUGCUAAGGAUUAUGCUUCACGGACCUCUGCCUCAUCUAACAUGCACAGCCAAGCUAUUGCUUAUGCAAAGUUGGCUGAAUCUAAGUCAUUGAACCCUGCUUCUGUGAAUAAUGAAGUUCUAAAUGAGCUAACGGAUGAAUCUGGUCUUACCAUCCUGCCAGUAUCUGCUGAAAGUACAGGAUUGUUGCCAAAUCAAAAAGAUACGGUGAUGGGAUCUGACAUAGUUUUGGAAGCAGUCUUGGAGGCAAAGGUGGCUCGCAAUGCAAAAGACUUCUUUUCACAACCUCAAAAUCUAGAAAAACUUGAAUGA